GGUGGGCAAUACCGCUUUCAUAACGUUCCGUCCCAAUUUAAGAAUAUCGGAAAGUUUAAUCAAAGAUUUGCAGUGAUUAGAAGCUCAGAGUUGGGUUUCGGCGAAAGCUUCGAGCUUUGAAGAAGAGCAAGCAAUCGACCGCCACAGAGAACGCAGCCAUGAUUCAUUUUGUGCUUCUUAUAAGCAGACAAGGAAAAGUGAGGUUGACAAAAUGGUAUUCUCCUUAUACUCAAAAGGAAAGAAAUAAGGUUCUUCGUGAGCUUAGUGGAGUGAUUCUUGCAAGAGGUCCCAAGCUCUGUAAUUUUGUGGAUUGGAGAGGAUACAAAGUUGUUUAUAAAAGAUAUGCUAGUCUGUAUUUCUGCAUGUGUAUUGAUCAAGAAGAUAACGAAUUAGAGGUCCUAGAAAUGAUUCAUCAUUUUGUUGAGAUUCUCGAUCGAUACUUUGGCAGCGUCUGUGAAUUGGAUUUGAUCUUUAACUUCCACAAGGCCUACUAUAUACUGGAUGAAAUUUUGAUUGCUGGUGAACUUCAAGAGUCGAGCAAGAAAACAGUUGCACGGUUGAUAGCUGCGCAGGAUUCAUUGGUGGAGACUGCAAAAGAGCAGGCUAGUUCGAUAAGCAAUAUAAUCGCGCAGGCAACCAAGUAGUGAAGAACAAGCAUGUGGUCACUUCUUGUAUCAAUACACGUUGAAGUGUGUCUGUAUUAAAAUUGUUACUAUUCUAUUGAAAUUUUUAUCAUCACCGAUGUGCGUCGUUGGAUACGCUGUUUAAGGAUUGUACAAUGAAACUUUUCCGAUUUGUCGGUGAUUAUAUAUCUUGUGUGGAUGGUUUAUUC